AUGGAGGAGACUUUGAAAAGGCUGAGUUCCAUUGCUGCUGAAGGGAUCAGACUUGCUUGGGGAUUUGAGGGCCAGCUGCGAAAGCUCAACCAGUCCUUGACCACGAUCAAAGAUGUGCUCCAAGACGCAGCCAGAAGGGCAGUAACAGACGAGUCUGUGAAGCGUUGGCUGCAGAACCUACAGGUUGUAGCUUAUGAUGCUGAAGAUGUUCUAGACGAGUUUGCGUAUGAGAUUCUCCGCAAAGAACAAAAGAAGGGAAAGGUAUGUGACUGCUUUUCACUCCACAACCCCGUUGCAUUCCGUUUGAUUAUGGGUCAAAAAGUUAAGAAGAUCAAUGAAGCCCUGGAUGAAAUCCGGAAAGAUGCAUCCGGAUUUGGGCUUGGAUUGACAUCUCUACCAGUAGAUAGUGCUCAAGAAGUUAGUUGGGGUCCAGAUCGAGAGACAGAUUCCUUCCUUGACCGCUCAGAAAUUGUAGGAAGGAAGGAUGAUGUCUCUAUAGUUAUGGAUAUGCUGACUAGCUUGACCAAACACCGUGUCCUUUCGGUUGUCCCUAUAGUGGGGAUGGUUGGCCUUGGAAAGACUACUAUUUUAGGAGCAUUGUUGCAAAUGAUUGACAAAACUACGGGUGGGUUGAGCAACCUAAAUGCAAUUAUGGAAAACCUUAAGAAAAAGCUGGAAAAGAAGACAUUUUUUCUUAUUCUUGAUGAUGUGUGGAAUGAAGACCAUGAUAAGUGGGAUGAUUUGAAGGAGCAACUGUUAAAAAUUAACCGCAAGAACGGGAAUGCUGUUGUUGUUAUAACCCACAGUAAGAAAGUAGCAGACAUGAUGGAGACUUCUCCUGGGAUUCAGCACGAGCCAGGGAGACUAUCAGCUGAUCAAUGUUGGUCCAUUAUCAAGCAAAAGAAAUGUGGAGGGCUUUCGUUGCUUGCCAAUGUUUUGGGAGGAACGCUGCGGCAAAAGGAGACGCAGGAGUGGCAGUCAAUUCUAAACAGUAGAAUUUGGGAUUCUCAUGAUGGAAAUAAAGCUUUCCGCGUAUUGAGAUUAAGUUUCGAUUACUUGUCAUCGCCAACAUUGAAAAAAUGUUUUGCAUACUGUUCCAUUUUUCCUAAAGAUUUUGAAAUUGAAAGGGAAGAGCUAAUUCAACUUUGGAUGGCUGAAGGUUUUCUAAGGCCAUCAAAUGGGAGGAUGGAAGACGAAGGCAACAAGUGUUUCAAUGACUUGCUUGCAAAUUCCUUUUUCCAAGAUGUUGAAAGGAAUGCGUAUGAGAUCGUAACAAGUUGCAAGAUGCAUGAUCUUGUGCAUGACCUUGCAUUGGAGGUCUCAAAAUCAGAAACGUUAAAUCUGGAGGUGGAUUCGGCUGUAGAUGGCGCAUCUCAUAUUCGUCAUCUCAAUCUAAUUUCUUGUGGGGAUGUUGAGUCAGCAUUAAAAGCGGGUUAUGCUAGAAAAUUGCUUACUGUUUUUCCAGUGGGUGAUGCUAAAAAAUUGCGUACUGUUUUCUCAAUGGUUGAUGUAUUAAAUGGAUCUUGGAAAUUCAACAGGUUGAGAACUCUCAAAUUGCGACGGUCUGAUAUCACAGAGUUACCAGAUUCAAUUUGCAAGCCGAGACAUUUGAGAUAUCUUGAUGUCUCCGACACUGCUAUUAGGAUAUUGCCAGAAUCCAUCACCAAGCUCUACCUUUUGGAAACAUUAAGAUUCACUGAUUGCAAGUCACUAGAAAAGUUUCCCAAGAAAAUGAGAAAAGUCAGCUUGAGACAUCUUCAUUUUGAUGAUCCAAAGCUAGUGCCAGCUGAGUUAGAGACAGAAGAAGCUGAGAAGGCAAAACUGCGUGAAAAAAGAAUGAACAAAUUGGUGUUUGAAUGGAGUGAUAAAGGUAACAAUAGUGUUAACAGCGAGGAUGCGCUGGAAGGCCUGCAACCUCACCCAGACAUAAGAAGCUUCACAAUCAAGGGUUACUGUGGUGAAUAUUUCCCAUCAUGGAUGUCUACAUUGCAACUCAAUAAUCUGACGGUCCUAACGUUGAACGGUUGCAGCAAGAGCAGACAACUCCCAACACUUGGAUGUCUUCCUCGCCUUAAGAUUCUUCACAUAACUGGAAUGCCUAGUGUGAAAUGUAUAGGCAAUGAGUUCUAUAGUAGUAGUGGCAGUGCAGCAGUGCUGUUUCUAGCACUGAAAGAACUCACUCUAUCCAGUAUGGAUGGUCUUGAAGAAUGGAUGGUACCAGGUGGAGAAGGUGAUCAAGUAUUUCCUUGUCUUGAAAAGUUGUGCAUUGAGGGGUGUGGCAAGUUGAAAAGCAUUCCGAUAUGUCACCCUUCAUCUCUUGUACAAUUUGUAAUUCGAAAAUGUGAUGAACUGAGAUAUUUAUGUGGUGAAUUUCAUGGCAUCACAUCUCUUAGAAUUUUGAUGAUAAUUAAUUGUGAGAAGCUGGCAUCAAUUCCAAGCGUACAACACUCCGCAGCUCUGGUGGAAUUGAUCAUAUGGAAUUGCCCUGAGUUGAUCUCAAUUCCUGGAGAUUUCCGAGAAUUGAAAUAUUCUUUGAAGAAAUUGUUUAUUUAUAGAUGUAAAAUGGGAGCUCUUCCAAGCGGACUACAAUGUUGCGCAUCUCUAGAGGAAUUGCGGAUAGAGAAUUGCAAAGAGCUUAUCCAUAUCGGUGAUUUGCAAGAAUUAAAUCAGUUGGUGUCGGAGUUUGAGUCAUUUCCCAGAGGAGGAUUGCUUAGGCGGCUUCACCCAACUGAAGGAAUUGAGCAUCGGUGGGGAGAGGAAUUUGAGGAAGCAUUGCCAGAAUGGUUGGCCAACCUUUCUUCUCUUCGAUCUCUCUGGAUUUGGGAUUGCAAGAAUCUCAAGUAUAUGCCAAGCUCAACAGUCAUUCAACGCCUCUCCAAAUUAAAGGAAUUGGGGAUUUCAGAAUGCCCACUUCUAUCAGAAAAUUGUAGAAAGGAGAAUGGCUCCGAGUGGCCCAAGAUUUCUCAGAUCCCGUCAAUCAUCGUAGAGGGUACACGUGUACAGGACCUCAAGGCCGGCGACGCAAUAGAAAUUGCCUUGGAUAGAGAGAAGGAUCAAGCUGGUGGAUCACAAUUCACAAUCAAGGUCAAGAAAACAACUUCAACAACUCGGAACUAG